CUCACACAAAAGUCAAAUAUAUUUUUUUCAUUGGGACCCAGAACCCUAAGCCAACAAACAUAUGUGACGGCGUAAGACUAUAUAAAUUUUGGCGGCGGCUAAAAUAAAUGCAUGCAGUGCUGCCAGGCGAGUCACAAGCUUUCAUCCUUGCUUAUGCUUAUUAUUGUCAUAAUAUUAUACAAUAUAUUCCAUGCUGUUAAUAGUGCGGGAGUACCGAAUGCAAAACUAUUUGCAUCAUUUUCGAGUGUUGAAGAAAAUAUUGUAAAACCACAAACUGAAUUGGAAUAUUUAAAUAAUUUCGAUUACAAAUUAGAGGCUUUAAGUCAGACAAUUAAUAAAAUGGAUAAUUCUAUACAAAAUUUACAAGAAAAAUCUCAUACUUGGGCCAUUUUUCAACAUCAUAUCAAUUCCUGGAACGAGGGUAUGCGUAUUUUAGAAAAUAAACUUGAUAUUUUAAAAAGAACACAUGAAGAACAACAACAGCUUCUACAAAAGCUAGAACAAGUUAUUAAUAAUAAACAUCCUUAUCAUCAUCAGCCUGAAUCUUUACUGGAGGAUAUUAAACAGUUUUUAAACACCGAACGUAAAACGAAAAAUGAAAUUUCCUUCAAGAUUAAUAAUAUUUUAAGACUUUUACAAAUGAGCUUAAAUGGCAACAAUAGUAAUAAUGAGAGAAAAUCUCAUAAACUAGCCAAUAUAAUGGCUCCUAUUGGAAUUUCUUCAACUACCUCCUCACAACAGUCUCAAAUUUGCUCUAAUAUAAGUCAUAAACUUGAUCAACGUCUAAAUAAUAUCUCACAUCAAAUGGCUCUACAAAAAGAUCUCAAACAAUUGAAUGCCUUGGAAAGAAGAAAUUCCAAAAGUUUGGAAAAUAUCAAUCAAGUGUUGGUUAAUCAAUUGGAUAAACAAGAUGAAAUUACUACACGUUUACAAAAAUCCAAUGAAUGUUGUUAUUCACUAUCCAGUGAAUUGACAACAUUUACCGAAAGUUCGGAUAUUCUAUUGAAACGUAUAGAAAAACUGGUACGUAAUGUCAGUGAGAAAAUAAAUGAUAUUGAAGUUACGACCAACACCAAUAACAACGAUGAACAUAUUGAAGAGAUGGAGGACAACGAAGGUGAGGAGGAGUUUGAAAAAGAAGAACAUAAAAUAAAUGAAACUUAUGAUAAUGCUGAAGAUUUGAAUGAUAUUGUAGAGCACAAACAGGAAUUGGAGAAAGAAGAGCCUACUAGUGUUCAUUUUGUGGAGAAUGGAAGUGUAACGGAAAUAUUUGAAUAUGAUGAUGGUAGUCAUGACGUGGAAUUUAUACGACCUACUUUAAAUGGCUGCCAUGAAUUGAUAGACGAACUAAUCAAAGAUGAUGAUGACGACAGCGCACGUAUUGAUGGUAUAUAUAAAUUUUCUACGCCCGAUAUAAAUGAAGCUGAACGUGAUUUUAAUGAACGUUAUUGUGUAUUUCCCACACACUCACACAACAAUACAUCGAUUGGUUUACCAUGGACUGUCAUACAAAGACGCGGUCCGUAUCAGGAACAGGAAAAUUUUAAUCGUUCUUGGUCUGAAUAUCGUAAUGGUUUUGGUCAUUUAUCGAGAGAUUUUUGGUUUGGCAAUGAAUUUAUACAUCGUUUGGUCUAUCCGGAUGACUAUGAGUUGCGUAUUGAGUUGGAAGAUUUUGAUGGUGUAGAAAAAUGGGCUGAAUAUGCCGUUUUUCGUAUAGAUUCGGAGAAAUACAAUUAUAAUUUGUUAAUUGGAGAAUAUCGUGGCAAUGUUGAGGAUGCCAUGAAAUAUCAUAAUGAUAAUGAUUUUAGUACUUAUGAUAAACGUAAUGAUAAAACUGUCGAUGCUUGCUGUUCGUGUGCCUUGGGUUAUGCUAGUGGUUGGUGGUUUGAUAAUUGCUCUGAGGCCAAUUUGAAUGGUCUAUAUCAUCACAGCCCUUUGAAUCAUAAUUACAUUGGUAUUAUGUGGGAGUUAUGGCGUGGUGACUAUUCUCUUAAAAAAACUCGUAUGAUGAUACGUCCCCGUACUCGUGCUAUCCAUAAUACAGUGGUACAUUCUCAAGAUUAUCAUGAUUAUACGGAAGAUCCUUAAACGCUUAUAACUUGUAUAACUACUCAAAUCUACAAUAUUUUGUAAUUAUUUUAAGCUUCACUUUCAAAUAAAAUGUAACUAUGUAUUGGUGUUAAU